CGUAACGCAAAGCGACAGCGAGUUUCAGUGAGCUGGUGCCGCGAGUGACCUUGAUCCCCACGCGAGUUUUGUGACAGUCCCGUUUGCAGAGGCCGAACCCGUCAGUACUAAUCGAGUCAUCGUAGCGGAGACUUACCCGUGAGGCUUUCCAGACAUCGCACACCACAGACAGACCGAAAGAAUGAAGACCUUCGUUGGCGUCCUUCUCGUAGCGGCGUGCCUCGUCGCGUGCGCGCACAGCUUCCCCGGCGGUCGUGAUACGGACAACGAUGAAAGGAAGAAUUUGGAUACGGUUCUGGUGCUACCAUCCGACACGAGAGAUCGCUUUAUCAGACAGAUGCCUUUCGGUAUCCCCGAUCUGAGCUUGGACGACAGCGACGAGAAUCCAACGUGGAGCUGGCCUGGAAUGUUCAGAACGAGUCACUUCGAUGACUGGUACGCGAGCAUGCAAGCUUUCAUGAAAAGGUUGAGCGAUCAGAUGGCUGGCAUUCUGUCAGAUCUCCCUGAGGACGGUAUCGGGCUCGCGGGCAAGAUUCCCGAAGGAGCGAACACCACCUCCACCACCAAGAUCAUCGAUGGUCACGUAGUGACCAUGAACGAGACGACCUACAUGGACAGCAACGACGAGUACGGAACGGUGAUCCGCGUUCGCAUUAUCGACGUGAAACCUCAGAACGAAACGAUUCCAAUAACCGAAAGCGGGACUAACGCCGAAGGAACCACGGUACCACCCACGAUCGCCAACACCAACGGUGCUACCUCCAGCGAGGAAUCCACCACACCUGCAAGAAGCGUCGAGACCAUCGAGGAGUUCGACAACGAGAUACCGAAUAAAGGAGACACCCUAACUGCUUGAAGGCAGAUCAACGAUCCAAGGGACCAGCCUCGGAAUUGAAUCCAAAAGAGCACGCGUAGAUUUUCGCAAAUUCCGUUCGAAAAAUCGGCUUGCAAAUUCCUAUCUCGUCGUUACGAUCGUUGCUAAUCGUGGUACUCUUAAUAUCCGAUCUAGUACACUGAAUAAGUACAGCGUACGCUUGGAUCAAUAUUACAACUAGAAACGAUAAAAGUGGAACAAUUUAAGAUAUGUGGAUAUCUUGUCAUUCCUUCUAAUCUCUUUCUUAUGGAUUCGAUCCCGAUGCCUCGUCUAACGAAUAAUAUGUGUAAACUAUCGCGUGAUAACAAAGCGUCGACUAUCGUAGAGACAUAAAAAUAGCAUACAUAUUAUAUAAUAUACGUUCCCCAAUGAUCGCACUGUAUACAUUAAGUCGCCUGCAACGGAACAACCGUUGCAUCGUUUAGAAAUAUAUAUAUGCAUACAUCUUCCUAAUAAAUGCGAGCUGGAUUUCGUACGCAGCGUAUCUUGUAAGAAUUACCAGCGUUAGUGAGACUAUUAUUCCAGGUUGUACUAUCUAUGACAUCCCAGCAGUGAUGAGCGUUUGAUUGGGGAACGAGAACUGUUAUACAUUUUUUAAACAAAUAGCAAAGAACUACUGUCAAAUAUAAGAUUCCUCCUGUUUCUUCUGGACUCUAUUUCCUUCCUCCUGAAUGAUCCCAGCAAGAAUAUAAUAGCAUGUAACGGAAAUUUUAUACGUGUAUUUUACUUCGUUUAUAUGGUCAACGUAUUUUAUUUAUGUUAAUAUACAGAUGAAAAUAUAAAAUGUGCAAUUUAAUAAUUGCGACGUUCUCGUCGUAGGUUUCGAGUGAGAGAGGAAGUCUUCGUCGUAAAGAUUAUUUUUUAAAGAAAGAAAAUGUUAGUGCGAUAUAAAUAAAUACUGUUGACAUAA